AUGUCUCCAGCAUCAGACCUUACAAUUAAAUGCGCUGAGAAUAUAGCCAUCACUUCGCUAUUUCACAAUAUCCCCCUUCCACCGUCUUCGAAUCUACCCGACCGCUUACCAGAAGAUCAAUAUGCCUUUUCUUUCGAUCAGGAGCGCAAGGUAGCGGGUACCCUUGCUUUCCUUGCGCAUAUUCGAGGAAAUGCCGAUUUUAUCCCCGCCGUUUGUAUUGAAGAAGAUCUAACAAAGGGCUCUCUAAACGUGAUACUUGCUAUCAACAAAGCUCGAGUUUCUGAUGGAGACGAUGUGUUGCGUUGUGCUCAGCAGGGUUUUGAUGAGAUCUUUGCACUCCUUGCCCGAGUGUCUACUGAUAAUACCAUUAUCAUAAAAAAUCGGAUCUUCCACGUUAUAGUUUCAAUGUGUUCACCUCGCAUCCUUUCUCGAUUACGGUUGGCGCCUUCCGGCCGGCAAAAAAUGAAAAGGCCUUUCAAGGAUACUCUUCAAGAGCUUACUAUAGCUCUAACUCAAGUCAACCAACGCAAACUGGCAGAUGAAAAUAUUUCAAAAGCCGUCAAUUUAUUAAUAGACAGGGUUAAGGAGGCGAGAAAGCAAGUUGACUCAUGGUUUCGAUAUCAAGUGACUGAACGGCUGUUAGAGCUCGUGGAGAGUAUUCAUCGGAUUAAACAGCUCAAACUUCUUCAGUCCGUUGUCGGCAUGAUACCAAAUAUCUAUAUGAGCCCUACCUCCAGACAGAGCUUUCUCAACAUCGUCAAUAAAAUAUCGAGGUACUGGGAGGCUGCUCGGUUUUUGUACCGUACGGCCAAGAAGGUCCCCUUGGCUCGGAAGAUGCGGACAGUGCCUGUCCGCCUGCCAAAAGAAGCGUUUAUAAUUCCAUCUACGAGCCCAUACACCCCAGAUCUGCUCAAAAAAGUCACCGAGGCCAGUCCAAAAGGAAGACAACAAAAGCUUCUAGUAGAGAUAUGUCGCAAACUCGGUUUGAGUGAGCAGGAGGCGAAAGAUAAAUUCUCCCGGCAAGUAAAAAAUACCUUGACACAAGCGAAAAUCCAUGCCGAGGUCCAGAUUAUCGCUUAUUGCGAGUCCCGUUCGCAAUUGGUUCUGCCACGAGUUAUAUGCUCCAGCAAAGACGCUUGUUUUCUCUGCAACUUGUUCAUCAAAGAGUACGGGAAAAUACAUACUCCUCGUUCUCAUGGAAGACUCUAUCCCGGAUGGCGGUUGCCUUGUCUGCCACAGAUUGAAGAAGUUGAACGAAGGUUCUGCCAAUCGCUACAGAACAACUUUAUUGAAACUUGCACUUCACUUCUGUCUGGAAGACGGCAAAUACUUCAUCCGGAACCUAUUGAAAGUACACUUUUCACCCUCCCUGGAUCUGAUUCGACUUUCUUAGCCACCACUUCAAGCAAAGUAAGCAACUACGAAUGUCAGGUCAUGAAAUCAGUCAACAAAUCAGUCACUGUGUCAAAUCCUUCCGACAUACCGGGCCCCUGCAGCCAGCAGGCAAGCUGUGAGCUUCAAAGCAGCUCAAUCAUACUUCAAGGUUCCGGAGUAUUCGGGAAUAGCGGUCCCAGCGGGAAGUCCAAACUGUAUUCUGCUGGCCCUUUGGAGAUCAUCGUUGAGGGACUCACAGGUUCUAGGAGUGUUUCUUAUCAUAUUGAAUGGCUUGGCGAAGAAGAAGCAAACAAGACAAGAGAAGUGGGUUUCAUUGUCGAUAUUGAAAACAUUGACGAGAUCACCCUUGAUGGACACAAUCCACUAUAUGUGACCGCCAGAGGAGCAAUUUUAAGACUAAGUUGGACGAGCGAGAGACACUAA